GCUAUUGUACGUCAAAAUAGCUAUCAUCAAAAUCCGCGGUGCUUAGUUGUUCUGUUUCAUUAAGUCCACACAUAACUUAGCUGAAACACGACCAGUUAGGACAAGAGGUCGAUAAAUAAUAUUUUUUAAAAGAAUCGAGUUAACAAAAAUACAAAAGCCACCAUUUGAAAUGGCAAAUUAUGUGCUGCACCUAGUUCAAUUGUUGGCGUCAUUAUGUGCUGCGCCUAGUUCACUUGUUUAUGGUGAAUAUAAAGCCAAAUGGGAGAUGAAACUCGAUAUACGAACAUCCUGCCAGGAUGGAACUGCAAAAGACUGUGAAAUAUUCGCAGUGCGUGAACAACCUGUUCGACAAGUUCGAAUAAAGCGUGCAAUGGCAAUAAGUGGUUCUGCAAGUGGUUCUGGGUUUCAAAACGAAAUGACAACAAUUUUAAGCUGGGUUGCCAACUUUUGGCUACGUUUAUUCUAUAACAAAAAAAACUACGAUAAUGCAAAAGAUAGAACAUGCACCAGAAAAUGUAAGCCUCUAAAAAUCAACUUGCCAACUUCAAUGUAUUUGAUCUCAUGCAUUGAAUGCUUUCAUUCUGCUGAAAAAGCUCGUCGUUUUGUUAAAUUAUUAUGGUUUUGUUUAUGGUUGUUAUUUUUCUCCAAUUUGACUAAUACAAUAUUUCGAUUUUCAUCAUAAAAUUAUAAUGUAGUAAAGCACUUUUUAGAACAUCAAUUAUAAAGAAGAAACUGGAAAUAACUGAUACAAAAAACAUAAACAGCCAAAAGAGCUAAGAACUGUACAGAACGAUGAAAGAGCAUCCUUGAACAUAAUAUACUCUAUUAUCGCUUGUGGACUUGGGGUGCAUAGAUUUUAAGUAAAAAGAAUUGUAUUUAUUUAUGAAUUGAAAUUCAAAUAAGAAAACAUGUCAAUCGUGGUUUCAAUUAAAAUACAGAAAUUCUCAUUUUUGCUUUGA